AUGGAAGGAGAAGAUGGUGCUGCUUCUGAUCAUCUUCACCAUCAUCACGGUGUUUAUGGCAUUCGAAACAAUCACAUACAAAAUCCUCAUCAGCAUCACAACCAACUCUUCAAGCCUGGUCCUCCGUUGACAGCCAUAGACAGGUUCCUGUGGUCUCAAAACAAUGCAAAGAACAAAGAGAGGAUCAUCUCCUCAAAUGGGUUUUCCUCAUUUGGUGGGGCAAUGGGUGAUCUGCAUGCUUGUUCGAAUUGGCCGCCGAGUAGUCUCGGAGAGACUAGCUUGGAUGAACUGCUUUUUCUUGAUCAUGGUGAGGCCAUGACUUGGCCUCCAGAGAAAAUUCAAAACCCUAACAUGGGGUUCAAAGAAGAUCAAGUGAAGGUGGGCUCUAAAGGGGUGGGAAAGAGAGCUAAAACGGGUUCAUCUGUGCCUUUAAUCAAAGGACAGUGGACAGAUGAAGAAGACAGAAAGCUGAUGAGAUUGGUGAAGCAAUAUGGAGUGACGAAAUGGGCACAGAUAGCUGAGAAGCUUGUAGGUAGAGCUGGGAAGCAAUGUAGAGAAAGGUGGCAUAAUCAUUUGCGCCCUGAUAUCAAGAAAGAUAGUUGGACUGAAGAGGAAGAGAAGAUAUUAGUGGAAGUUCAUGCUGAGGUUGGAAACCGCUGGGCAGAGAUUGCUAAACGCAUUCCGGGAAGAACCGAAAAUGCCAUUAAGAAUCAUUGGAAUGCUACAAAAAGGAGGCAGAAUUCAAGGAGAAAGAACAAACAGACAUAUACCAAAAAUGGACCAUCAUCAUCAAAUAAGCCUCCUCAACCUUCCAUACUUCAAAACUACAUAAGAAGCAAGAUAUUCAAUAACAAAGCCAACAACAACUCUUCUUCCAAUGCUCCCCCUACCCCAAGCAACAUCAGCACCACUACCCCUACCAGCCCCUCCAAUCUCACCCAGGAAGAACCUUCAAAAUCCCCUUCAAUAUUUUGCUCUCGGACCCAUCGGAUUUAUCUAGUUGUGAACACUCUCCAUUGA